AUGCCUACCGCCGCCGGCCUCUUGUUCAGCUCCGCUCUUGGUCUUCUCUCCAGAAGAUUGCAAGUUCUCCUCGUGGGAAAGACCUACCCCAGAUCUUGGGACAGACUUCCUGGCUAUGUUUUAUCUACAGGAGUGUUUGUUGGAGGGUAUCUUGUGGGAGACCACUACGUUGAAAAUAACAGAAAGUUGUUGGAAAGAAGAUUGACGAUAUUGCGUGAGCAAAGAGCCAAGAAGGCUGCUUUCCACGAGUUCGAGGACGAGCCAGACCACAGAUGGACUGCCGACAAGAGAGGCAGAUUCUUCUCGUUAUUGGACAAAUUUGGUGCUAGUUACAAGUGA